ACCUCCUCUAGGCCCCCCUGAUAUGACGUAUGCCUUGGCAUCUAGGCUGCAGUCAAUUAUUAUUGCUCAGUCAAUGCACAGCUUCAUGUUAUUCCACACUUCCGAACCAUAUUGAAAGGCGUAAGACUGCACAUUCCUCCUAAACUCGCAUAGAACUCCGCUAGUCCUCCUAGUCGCAGCACGUACGAAUUAUACGGAUCAGAAUGGCUUCUACGGCCCCCUCCUCACACCUCCCAUCAAUCCACCUCCUCUGCCUCGAAGAAUCUCACAUCACCUCAUUCACCACCGCACUCCGCACUUACAACGCUCCCUCCCUGGAUAUAACCUACCACCACGGUACCCUUUCCUCUCUCUCCCAAUCCACCCACUUCGACGCCAUAGUUUCCCCGGCAAACUCCUACGCCCGCAUGGAUGGUGGCUUCGACGAUGCGCUCUCUCGCGCGCUCUCGCCCGCAGACGACUACAUGGCGCUAACGCGCGUGGCGUCAGAGGCCCUCUACGCAGAGCACCGCGGGUUCCUGCCACCAGGAAGCUGCAUGUUAAUCUCCCUAGAGGACACGAGACUGAGGGGAAAUGCGUGGGGGUGUACGUGGCUGGCGCUGUGCCCGACUAUGAAGGUUCCUCAGCGGGUGGAGUGGGAUCGGGAGGUUGUGUAUGAGUGCAUAUAUGCACUGUUGGCUGCGGUUGAUAGGCGGAACCGGCGGCUCAGCGAGGAAGGUGUGGAGAGGAGAGAGAUCAGGAGUGUGCUCAUAACGCCUUUGGCGACUGGGUAUGGGAGGUGGAGCGCGGAGAGGUGGGCUGCGCAGACAGUGCUGGCGUUGAAGCAUUUUGCAGAGGUGGUGGAAGCAGGGAAGAACUGGGAAAAGAAGGGUCCAGUGAGGGUGAUGGGGCAUGUCGCAGAGGUAGAGAAGACGUGGGACUUGUGAGUGAUGCGCUUGAGCCGUAUCAGAGAUGAGGUGGUGCGAUGAAGGCAGACAGCUUACGUCGGUCAGUGAUUGCAGUUGUGUGUAGCGAUGAUGUUCAUAUUCACACGCUGGUCAACUCGCGUACGACUGUUGAUAUUCGCAAAAGCCUCUUUGGCAAUACAACAAAGUUGGAAACGCUGAAUGAUUAAUGAUUGAUUUUCUGCAUCGUCGUUAGCAUUCCAUUCUUACAUCCUGAAAACACCCCAUUUCGACUCCUUCUCGACGCCUAGAUUUUGACCGCCUUGU